CACUGAUGAUUCGUGUCGAUUCAGAUCCGGCCUGUCCCAACAUUCUGCACCUCAUCGAGUGGUUUGAAACACCCGAAGAGUACAUCAUGAUCCUGGAACGGCCUGACCCUUGCAAAGAUCUCGACAAGUUCUGUUACGAGCAGGGACAUUUGGAAGAGAGCCAGGCCAAGUGGGUGCUGGUCCAACUGAUCAGGGCUCUCAAACACUGUGAGAGCAAGGGAGUCCUGCACCGAGACGUCAAGCCCCAGAACAUCCUCAUCCGCACCGACACGCAUGACAUCAAGCUGCUGGAUUUUGGUUGUGGGGACUUGCUGAACGACUCGGACUACAAAAUGUUUGCAGGUGGGUGAUGGCACAUCAGAAACAUCAGAUCUCACUGACACUUAAAAGUGAUGUUUUCAUGUUUACAAUUUGCACUCAGUUUGUUCAUUUUUAAUCUUUUUGGGUCUGUCAGGCACUUUGGAUUACUUUCCACCCGAGUGGUACCGCUACAGGAGCUACCGUGCAGGACCAGCUACCGUUUGGUCGGUGGGAGUGACACUGUACAACAUUCUGUGUGGCACGCUCCCAUUCAAGAACAGAGAAGACAUCCUCCGAGGCAGACUGCGCUUCACCAGAGAUCUUUCUAUAGGCAAGACAGGGCUAACUUUAAACUGUCCAUGAAGAGACCAAUAUCACGCCUAAACCUGGGAGUCAUUUGUUAUUUUGCAUUAUUGAAGACAGGUUGUUGUAUGUUGUAUGAAACAGAAUGUCGCAGCUUCAUUAGAUGGUGCCUAAAAGCAAACGCAGACAAUCGUCCCAGCCUGGAGGACAUUGAGGGGCAUCCCUGGCUACGGUCAACAGGUGCUUUAUUCACUGGACAGUUACUACUGAUGCAAAGUACUUGUGUAAUAUACAUUGUUAUGCAUAUGUUAAAUAUUGUUUAUUUUUGUAAGUAGACAAAAGUAUCCCAAAGUGCCAUGUCUUAAAUUGUAUUGUUUAGACCAAAUGUAUAUGUAGAAGUUCAAAUGUUGUUGUUUAUGUAGGGUUAGCAGACAGCACAUGAGCAGCAGAAAGGAAUGAUUAGACAGCAAAGAAAACUGUCAGCGACAGUCAUUCAGAGCGGCAGUUAUCCAGCGACAGUCAUUCAGAGCUGCAGUUAUCCAGCGACAGUCAUUCAGAGCAGCAGUUAUCCAGCGACAGUCAUUCAGAGCUGCAGUUAUCCAGUGACAUUAAAUCAUUCAGAGCUGCAG